AUGUACGGCGUUGAUUAUGACGAGACAUUUGCACCUACAGUCAGAAUAGCGACCCUUAAAGCAUUCUUUGCAAUAGUUGCUUACGUCGCCUUCGCACUCGGUCGCUUGAGCCAAUACAUGCAAGACUUAGCAGAACAUCACGCUUUAGCGCUAAAGCGCUUGAUGCGCUACUUACGGUUCACUAUCUCUUUCGCUAUCUCUUUCGGUCUUUUAAAGGACUUAGUAGUUUAUUCGGAUGCAGACUACGGUAGCGAUAAGGAUAGCAAGAAAAGCAUCUCCGCUGCAAUAGGCCUUAUAAGAAGAGGGCCAGUAUUCUUCGGAAGUCGCAAACAAACCUUUAUAGCCACGGCUACUAUAAAAGCCGAAUACGCAGCUAUAUGCUAUACCGCGAAGCAAGGCCAAUAG